AAAUUUGGUAAAAUGGCGAUGUCAGUGAACACAAGUAAAUAUCAGUGAAGAAUCUUCGGAAGAUUAUCGUUUUCGGAGGAAUGUCAAAGUAAUCUAAAAGCGCUCGCGAAUGUGACGCGCUCCGAUAAUAAUAAUAAUAAUAAUAAUAAUAAUAUACAGAAUGCAAACGGCUCAUUUUUAUUGCCAUCUCGUUUGGGGUGUUUGGUGUUUCCUACAAGUUACUGCCAAGGACUAUGUUCAACUGUCACAUGACGGACCAGUUGUACUGGGUGGGACGAUCACUUUUAGAGCAGAUGUGUACAGAGAUGGCAAACGACCAAAAGAGACUUUCAGAUACAUAUGGAAAGAUAAUUCAUUAAUGAAACAUAAUUAUGAGAGCAAAAAAACGUCAAAUACAACAACAUUUUGGAGCAUAAGUUAUCCACGUGAAAGUAACAUUCCUGGAAACUAUACAGUAGAAUUACAAGUCAAAUGUCUUAGCUAUUCAUUUUUUUGGGUAACUGAUACAAGUGCUCGUAUCGAGUUUGAAAUUUCUGAAGGUCUUAAUGGUAAUAUAGCCAUAAAACAAGCUAAUAAAACCAUAGCAGGAGAAUAUAUCUCUUCUACAAAUGAAACCAAACUAACAAUAGAUUUACGAAAGGGAGAUUAUGACUUUAUAACUCAGAAAGCAACAGCGAUAUUGACGUAUUGGUUUAUUGACUGCAAGUAUUACGGUCAAACAAAUGAUUUCACUUUCAUUUAUAACUUUACAAGUCCUGGUAUAACAUACGAAGUAGGAGCUUUAGUGAUCGCUUCCUACGACCCACCAACGACCACAACCAUGGCACCUACAACUACAGUUGCACCUGUUAAUGUGACAACAGUUGCAUCCAAUACUACUACGGCAAAUACGAAUGGAACUCUUGUCACAGUAGUAGUACCGAUAACUGUUACGAGUGUAAAACCUCCGAUGAAGUCUACGACAAUUGCACUUCCAAUUAAUACAAGCACGGUAGAACCUGCCAACAUAUCGUUGCCAUACAUUUGCUCAAAUACGUCUCUCAUUCUACCGGAUCCUAAAAAAACAUAUGGAUAUUUUUAUAAGAAGAUGCAUGUUCGUGCUCCCGUGUCAAAUAUCUCAGUCGAAGGUACAAAUUGGAUCCAACCAUGGGACAUGCUAUCUUUGAAUAUAACUUGUAAGGGAUCAGGUCCGUUUUCUAAGUGUCUUCAAUUUUACCAUGGAAAGUACAAUACAACGGGAAAUGAAACUUGUGAUAACGUAGAUCACUUGUACUCGUGCAAUUUUUCCAUUAGUCAUUAUUUUCUUCAGCCCGGUGUUUACACAAUAUUAAUCAUAUUAAACAAUGAAGUUAGUACGCAGAUUUAUCCACUAACGAUAAACAUUUAUAAAGUAACAACAAAACCGCAGUUAUCGGUUAUCGUAGUACCAGUUUCUUGCUCGGUUAUUGCCGUGGUGCUGAUAGUAUUCGGCGUGGCGUAUUACAUCCAAAGCAGAGUAAGAUUCACGAUAGAAGUCGCGGACUUUAAUUUUGGACAAAGUAAUCCAGAGAUGGAGUACAAAACGUUUACGGAACGUUUACGAGACUCAUUUAAUAACACUGUAAGACCUGGCAGCAAGCGGCCAAGCGGAUAUAAACCACUCAGCAAUCCACAAACACUUCAGUGAUGCAUGAAAACGAGAAGUAAUAUAUUUAAAAGCGACACUGGAACAAAAGUUUCUGCAAAAAGCGAG